UUCCGAUAAACCCCGAAAAAAAACCCCAGCGCAUCAUCCACUCCUCCCUCCCUAGCUUCCCCAAGGCCCAAGCAAAAAUCCAUGGCGCUUCUCCGCCUCUCCCCUGCCAUCCUCUUCUUCCCGCGCUGGCCCGCGUCCCACCUCCACCCACGGGUCCCCUCCCGCCCAACCCUCGUUUGCCUCGCGGCGACGCCUAAGGUGCCCCUCCCCAUCGCCUCGCCUGCCUCCCUUGGGGACGACCCCAGCAAGUGGGACCCCGCCGAGUGUGACGCCCUCCUCCGCGGUGGCGAGCAGGUCGCCUCCGUGCUCCAGGAGAUGCUCACGCUGAUGGAGGACAUUGAGACGGAUGGUGCUUUUGAGCCGGUGGCUGUGGAGCUGGUGGCCCAAGGAGUUAUUGGGAAGAGGGUCGAUGAGAUGGAGUCAGGCUUUCUUAUGGCACUUGAUUACAUGAUACAGCUCGCACAAAAAGAUGCAGAUGAUGAGCGCAAGUCUCUACUUGAGGUAAUUAAGCAGACAGUGCUAGACCAUCUGACAAAGAAAUGCCCUCCACAUGUUCAGGUUGUUGGACUCCUCUGCCAGACUGAAAAGAAAGAGAGCAGGCAUGAAUUGUUGCGCCGUGUAGCUGCUGGUGGAGGUGUGUUUAAGAACGAUAAAGGUCUUAAGUGCCAAAUUCCUGGGGCAAAUCUUAAUGACAUUGCAAACCAGGCAGAUGAUCUAGUGGAGUCAAUGGAAUCCAGGGACACCAUUCCCGAUCGAAAACUUCUUGCAAGGCUAGUUAUAGUAAGAGAGGAAGCUCGAAAUAUGAUGGGAGGUGGCCUAUUAGACGAAAGAAAUGAUCGUGGUUUGACUACUCUCCCUGAGGCAGAGGUGAACUUUUUGAGCAAGCUCGUUGCUCUUAAACCUGGGAAGGCAUUGGAGAGGAUGAUCAUGGAUGUUAUGCAUGGCAAAGGGGAAGGUACUGAUAACAUUGAACAAUCGAAUGUUGAGUCGCAUUCUGAGCAGGAUCAUCUAACUGGAGUAUCUGGAAUGAUUCAGCGAAGUGUAUCAGGCCGCAAACCACGGCCAGUCCGCCCUGGAAUGUUCCUUGAGACUGUUUCCAAGGUCCUCGGUGGCGUAUAUGCAAGUAACACAUCUGGCAUUACAGCUCAACAUCUAGAAUGGGUACAUCGAACAACACUAAAAAUUCUUGAGGAAAUGGCCUUCUAGCGUCUUUAUCGGGGAUUCACUGUUAUUUAUAAACAUUUGUUGGAGUCUUGUGAACAAAAGGAUCACACUACACCAAGUUAUGAACCCUUUUCUCCAUACCGAAUUUACUGGUGCGUGACAAGUGGUUCAAAGAUUUACAUACCUUGAGUGGUCAUGAAUCUUUUGGUUGAGAAGUGAAGCAGAAGAAAUGAUAAGCGGACACCUAAAGGCCAAAGAUUACUCAUGGGAAGAAUGUGCUGUCGCCAUGUGCAGUCCAGAAGUAAGUUACAAGUUUGUGAAUCGUAUGACCAAAUGGUUCAAUUGAUCUUGAGUUCAGCUUUUUUUCCAAGUGCUGCUGGCAGAGGUGCAUAAUCAAUCAAGUUGCACUUGACAAUUGACCUGCUAGACCGAAGCUCUAAUGCAAGUGAGUCAUGAUACUCAUACUGGGCAUCACCCUUGUUUCGACUUUGACUAUAAAAUGAGGGUGGUUUUAAGAGGAUAGAUUGAAGGAUGGCUUUCCUCCUGAACGCCAGCUAUGAUUGUACAAAUACUUCUAUGUUAUAUUUUGAGUAAGUUUUACAGGGGCUGCUAGGUUAA